UUAUUUUCCAGCUUUAUUGUUAGACAUGUAGCUAGAGUUAAAUUGCAUUUACACAUCCAUGACAUUUACUCAAACCUGUUUCACCACAAUGGUGAACACACACGACACAUACAGUCACAGGAACCUCGCCUUCACCAGUGUUUCCGGAUUUCUAGAAGUGAUGGAUGUUUUCAUGAGGCUGAAAAAGUGACCACAUCAUGGCUUCAUCAAAUGAGUCUGCGAAAGAAUAUGUCAGAAAUGCUCGUGAAAAACUGGUUGGACGUCUACAAAACCUUCCUGUUAUUGUUGAAAAACUUCACCAACAGAAUGUUUUCAAUAUCAAUGAAGUCAGUGAAAUUGAGGCAGAACCAGAAAAGUACAACAAAACCAGGAGGAUAUUGGACUGGGUCUUAAACAAGGGCGAGAAGGCCUGCUAUAACUUUCUCAGAAUACUGGAUCGUGAGAGGAAAUUGGUCUUGCCAAAAGCAGAUUCUACUAGUCAAACUCUUGAUUUACAUACAUGGAUCUCCUUGUUCUCCUUUAGAGAUGAGGAUGAAGAUGACUACAUUAAAGGACCUGUCUCAUGUCAUCAGCUGCUAAAUUAUUUGAAGACAAAAACAAACGAAAUUAUUUUACAAAGGUGGAGACAGAGUCUGCAGUUCUAUGGAGGGAGACUACAACAAAACUUCACUUUUAUUCCUCUGGUGUUGGACACAGAGACAGAAAAUAAUAAACCCAGUAACAAAAUCACACUGAAGAGCAAGAAAUGUAAAAAGUCCCGUUCAAAAAAGAUGAAGUCCUACAUACCAAAGGACACACAGAGAAAAUCCCCUGAAGAUUUACUGAAUAGCAGUGAGAAAAGUAUCCUAAUAGUAGGAAAACCUGGAAAUGGGAAGACGACAGUUGUUCAACAAAUGUUACAUCACUGGGCAGAGAGAAGUGACAGAAACCUUGACUUCAUGUUUUACUUUGAUGAAAACACACUGUCAAACAUCUCAACUACAGAGAGCUUAGAAAAUCUUCUACUGAACACAUAUUUAAUGUUAAAUCCACAGCUUAAAGAAAAUGCUGAAGAAAUCCUGCAGUAUCUACAAGAAUAUUCUGACAGUGUGACUAUUGUUUUUGAUGGAAUCAGAGAUUUUCAGGAGAACAGGUUUUUGCUGGAGAUCAUGGAACAUGAACUUCUGCCUGAAGCAAAGAUAGUGGUAACAUGCAGGCCUGAAGUAGAGUAUGAGUUCUCUGACUGGACAACAUGUAAAGUUUAUGUUCAAGGUUUCAGUGAAGAGUCAAUUUAUGAUUUUUUUAGGAAGAUGACAGAUAAUGAACCAGAGUUGGUAGACAUUGUGAUAAACAAUCCAGCACUCUUCAGUCUCUGCCACGUCCCUAUGCAUGCUUUUAUGGUGGCAGCCUGUAUUUCAUACUACACUUCUGAAGAAGCACAGAAACACUUCACAGCUACUGAGCUGUAUGUACGAAUAUUUCGUCACUGUCUACAGAGACACGGAAAUAAGAAAUUGCUGGAUUUAGAUGGACACAUUAAACACUGCAGAGACAUGGUCCUGUCUUUAGCAGAGAGUGCUUUCAAUGCCACCAAGUUAAAAACUAUCAACCUGGAGUUUGAUUAUGAUGAGAGAGGCAUUUCUGGUGCUUUCCUGAAGACUGUCUCUGUUGUGUCACCAGCAUGUGCCAAGACAUUUUGUACAUUUUCUCACAACACAACGCAGGAAUUCUUUUCUGCUCUCUGGCUUCUAGAACAAUCAGAAAUACUUGAUGAGGUUCUCCAUCUGUGUCAGAAUGAAGACAGUGAACACAUGAAACAUAUAAUUCCUUUUCUCUGUGGGCUUCAAUCACAAACCAUCACUGAUCAUCUGAAGUGUCUCUUUCCAUUGAACAAGAUCAAGGACAAUAUUGAUGUGUUUUUUGAGAAGGUCUUAAACACUUUCAUUGGAGAACAACCAGAUGAUGAAAACACUGCCUUCAUAUGUCAGUGUCUGUAUGAAUUUCAGUCACCUAAAACGCACUGCUGCUCAUUUCUAGAGAGAAUAAACUAUCAUCUAGAUUUGAGUGAUGAACAUCUUGACCCUUACACAUGCUGUGCUGUGUCCUAUGUAACCAACCAAUCCACAAACACACAGGUUCAUCUUGAUUUGGAGAACAGUGCUGUGUCCCUCUCAGGACUGAAGAUAAUUCUCAAACAUUCACAUUAUCUAAGGGAUUUUUCAACAACACUAAGUCAGAUCUGGACAAAUGCCUUGAAGUGUGAGGAACGUAAUUAUCUGAUAAAUCUGCUACAGUUAUGUAGGAAUGAGAUUCACAUCCCAAUGAGCAGUCAUAGAGAUGUGCUUGAGCAAGCUGGAAAAUUUAUAACCCGAUAUGCAGAGCAACCAAAUCUCCAUCUGCACUGUGAUAAAGACCCACAACAGCUCACAGAUCUUUUCUUAAGCACAGUGUUCUCAUGGCUGCCACACAUCAGCUCUCUCAAUUUUACUUCUACACAGGGAGAAUCAAAGGAAAAUUGUCAACAGAAAUGUAUGCCAUUUAAACUGGAUUUGUGUUUACAAGCAUUUCUGUACAAAAGAGAAGAAAAUAUCUGGAUAACAGUAGAGAAAAUAAUGUCAAAUAUUUGUAAAGAACAAAGUGAAUUCCUGCUGGAUUUGUUCUCACAUGUGAAGCAGUAUGAGAGUAAAGUGAGGAGUUUCCUUCAGUGUCUGCCCUACAUCUCACAGCUCAGCUUUAAAGAGUUUUACUUUACAGACAGAGAGAAAAAGAAGAGAUGGAGAAAAUUUCUACUUGAUUUGUGUCUGCAAACAGCUCUACACCAACCACAAAACAUCCAGGAGACAGUGAAGAAAGUGAUGCCAGAUAUUGAAGAAUAUGAGGAAGAUGAAGAUUAUUAUUAUGAAGAACAGAGUGAUUUCCUGCUGGAUCUGUUCUCACAUGUGAAGCAGUAUGAGAGUAAAACACACAGGACUGUCCUUCCAGCAUUGCUGCCAGUUUACCAGUCACUUCCUGUUUGGUCCAUAAAUCUCUCAGAGAGAAAAGUCUCCGUCCUCCUAGAAGUGCUGAAACUCCAAACACAGAAGAUACCAGUGGAGCUGAGAGACUGUUCAGAUGAAGAGAGUGAAGUGAGGAGUUUCCUUCAGUGUCUGCCCUACAUCUCACACCUCAGCUUUAAUGUUCAUUAUUCCCAGAGGCAGAAACACACAGAUUUCCUGAUGAAUCUCUUCCAUCACACUACAGAAAGUGACAGACACACAGGGGGAAAAUCACUGGAGCUGUUAGCAUCAGUGUGUAAUCACACAUCUUUUCCUUAUGGAGAAAACUCUACAGAUUAUAACAGUGACUUCCUGCUGGAUCUGUUCUCACAUGUGAAGCAGUAUGAGAGUAAAACACACAGGACUGUCCUUCCAGCAUUGCUGCCAGUUUACCAGUCACUUCCUGUUUGGUCCAUAAAUCUCUCAGAGAGAAAAGUCUCCGUCCUCCUAGAAGUGCUGAAACUCCAAACACAGAAGAUACCAGUGGAGCUGAGAGACUGUUCAGAUGAAGAGAGUGAAGUGAGGAGUUUCCUUCAGUGUCUGCCCUACAUCUCACACCUCAGCUUUAAUGGGUCUGACUUUAUAGAUGAAGAGAAAGAAAAGAGAUGGAGAAAAUUUCUACUGGAUUUGUGUCUGCAAACAGCUCUACACCAACCACAAAACAUCCAGGAGACAGUGGAGAAAGUUAUUACAGAUUAUUAUGAAGAACAGAGUGAAUUCCUGCUGGAUCUGUUCUCACAUGUGAAGCAGUAUGAGAGUAAAACACACAGGACUGUCCUUCCAGCAUUGCUGGCAGUUUACCAGUCACUUCCUGUUUGGUCCAUAAAUCUCUCAGAGAGAAAAGUCUCCGUCCUCCUAGAAGUGCUGAAACUCCAAACACAGAAGAUACCAGUGGAGCUGAGAUACUGUUCAGAUGAAGAGAGUGAAGUGAGGAGUUUCCUUCAGUGUCUGCCCUACAUCUCACACCUCAGCUUUAAUGUUCUUUAUUCCCAGAGGCAGAAACACACAGAUUUCCUGAUGAAUCUCUUCCAUCACACUACAGAAAGUGACAGACACACAGGGGGAAAAUCACUGGAGCUGUUAGCAUCAGUGUGUAAUCACACAUCUUUUCCUUAUGGAGAAAACUCUACAGAUUAUAACAGUGAAUUCCUGCUGGAUCUGUUCUCACAUGUGAAGCAGUAUGAGAGUAAAACACACAGGACUGUCCUUCCAGCAUUGCUGCCAGUUUACCAGUCACUUCCUGUUUGGUCCAUAAAUCUCUCAGAGAGAAAAGUCUCCGACCUCCUAGAAAUGCUGAAACUCCAAACACAGAAGAUACCAGUGGAGCUGAGAGACUGUUCAGGUGAAGAGAGUGAAGUGAGGAGUUUCCUUCAGUGUCUGCCCUACAUCUCACAGCUCAGCUUUAAUGAGUUUUAUUCAGUAUCUGCAUCCGUCCAGUUUAUGGUGAAUCUGAUCAUCGCAGCAGUCGACUGUCAAUCAGAUAAAGGAGAGAGUUUUACUGAGCUGCUGGUGUCAGUGUGCAGCUACAACACAUUCCCUUUUAGACAAGAGGUUCAUGGAUUCCAUGAAAAACAGAGUGAAUUCCUGCUGGAUCUGUUCUCACAUGUGAAGCAGUAUGAGAGUAAAACACACAGGACUGUCCUUCCAGCAUUGCUGACAGUUUACCAGUCACUUCCUGUUUGGUCCAUAAAUCUCUCAGAGAGAAAAGUCUCCGUCCUCCUAGAAGUGCUGAAACUCCAAACACAGAAGAUACCAGUGGAGCUGAGAGACUGUUCAGAUGAAGAGAGUGAAGUGAGGAGUUUCCUUCAGUGUCUGCCCUACAUCUCACACCUCAGAUGUGACUCUUGGUUAAUUCCACGUUUAAGUAAAGCAGUUGUUGACCAUGCAGAAGAUACAGAGCUGGUGAGAGCUUUCUUUGCUGCUAUGGACUUCGUCCUCAUUAUAGAUUGGGUUUUAACUACUCGUGAGUGCAGGGCUGUGAGGAAAUUACUCAAUCUCUCAGACUCCAGAUUCAAACUCACUCUGAAACCACAAGCCAUCUCUCUCAGAGGAGCCAGACUUCUCUUCAGACACAUCACACACCUACAGAAACUCUGCCUGAGUGAGCGUGUGUUAGUGAGGAUGAUCCGAGCAGUGAGAGCCGGUGGGUCAUUCAGGAGCAGUGAGAGCCGGUGGGUCAUUCAGGAGCUCUGUCUGGAUUUUAACAUCAUAAACCCAAAGAUCUUCAGAUUUCUGAGCAGUUUGUCUUCCCUCCUGAACCUCUGGACUGUUCACUGUGUGAACCUCACUGAGUGCAGGAUGGAGGCUCACUCUCUCCUCAGCCUCAUGUGUCAUCCUGGGCUUUUAAAGAUCAGAUUAUCGAAAUCGACUCUCCAGCAGUUUACUGAUCUGCUGUAUGAAGCUCAGGAUGGGGAACUGACUCGCUUUUUCCUGGAGAAGGUGGGAGGAGACCUGACUUCCUGUUCUCUCAGCUGGGAGGAGCUUAUCUAUCUUCUCCAGCAGCGAGUUUGCUGCAUUGGUGUGAACAUCAGAAAGAACAAAAUCACUCAUAAACACACCAGAGAGAUUCUUCCUCUACUGUCUGAAAUUCAGUUUAAACGAUUGAACCCCAGUGUUCUGCUGUCAAUCAUCAGAGAGAUCUAUGAGACUGACUCUGCUCACUAUGUGUCCAGUCUGUUAAAGUCAACACACAACUGUAUUAACCUGAACAAUACAGAUCUGGACUCAUACCACUGUACUGCCCUGUGCUUCACCCUCCAACACUGUACAUCUGUCUCUCUGAGCCUGAUGUGGACCUCCAUACCAGACGGGGAGCUGGUGAAGAUUCUACCUCUGUUCAACAGACUUUCUCAGCUCAGUGUUGACAGGUUUCUGUUGCUCAAGUUACUCCACUGUUGCAGUAUCUCUGAGCUCCAACAGGGGGCAGCAGCAGCUGUUUUCUCUGCUCUGCAGAACAGACUGGACUUCUCCUGUAGCACUGGUUUGGAUCUGAGCUCAGAAACACAGGAUAAAACUCUGCAUCUGAGCACCGAGGACUGCAGAGACAUCAGCACUGCCAUCCAGAAAUCCCAGCAACGUACAGAGCUCAUUCUAGAGGACUGUGAGCUGGAGGACACUGGAGUGGACGUGUUCUUACUCAUUCUACAUACUGUGACACUACGCUGUAGUAAAUCUUUGUUGCUCCGGUUCCUGGCUCCUCUCCGUGUGGUGAAUCAGUCAGACUGUGUGAGGCAUGUUAUGUCCCUCUCAAAGGCUCUGAAUGGAGAUAUGGACCUCAGCGAGACCCCUCUGGAUCUCGGUGCCUGUAGAUCGUUAGCAUUGUUUCUGGAGUUUUCUGAAGGUCUGUCAGAACUGGACCUCAGUCACUGCAAGCUCACUGAUCAGGGCCUGGAGCUGCUGUUACCACAUCUGCAUAAAGUGGAGGUCCUGGAUCUGAGUCACAAUGACAUAGACAACUGUUUAGCAGGAAGAAUCUACACAGUUGUUUCCACCAGCAGCAACAUACAGACAGUUCGACUCUUCAACAACAGAAUUACUGAUAAAGAGCCUUUCCAAAAAGACAAGCGCUUUGAGAUCUGGUGAUGACUGUGGCCUGUUCUCAGUACAAAGCAUAAAGAACCAUGUAUAAACAAGUCAACAUGAGAGACAUCAUUAUUCUCUUGUCUUAAUUAUUUAAUUAUUGUGUCCAAUGAGUUUGAAGUUUCAUGGCAUGAUGUAUGUCUAUUUUAUCUUCAUGUUUGUGUUUGAAAUCAUGAUUUCAAAGUAAAGUAUAUGAGCCAGAAGAUCCAUGUCAUGCAGACAUCAGAUAUUAAUCUGACUCCUUGCUUGGGAACCUCUGAUUUAAAUCUGAUACACAUACAUCUAACUUCAAGGGUUUUUUUUUUUCAUUUUAUCCAUGAAAAGUUGUUCCUCAAAGUAAACUUUUCUGUAUAAUCAAUAGUUCAGAAAUGUUUUACUCUUAUUUUACUUUUACCGCCAAAUGAACACAAGGUGGCAGCAAAGAAACAGAAAUAAAUUGAAACAUGCCUUUUGUCAGUGUUACAGCAAUUUUGAAAGACCUUUUAAACUUGGGUACAAAGCUUAAAUACUGUUACUGCCUUUGGAUGACUUAUGGAAAAUAAUCUCUGUAUCUGUAUUUAGAUUUGGUUUUAAUUAUAGUUUAUUUUAAUUAUAAUUUCUGUUUAAUAUGUUGUCAAGAUUUUCUUUUAAUAACAAUGAGGGAUGAUAAAAAAACUUGUACAAUGAUUAUAGGGGUUUCUAUUUUUAAAGACAUUUUUUGAGACCUCAGUAGAGGUGUGUAAAGCACAUGCUACGUGUGGGUGAUCGAUGGCACCAAACAGCAGAAACAAUGAGUUAAAUGAGAAGAGCAGAGCAAACGUCUCCACCAGCAACGAAUACAGCAGAGACAUUGUUGUAUUUAGUCCACUGCAUCUCCAGCUGCCUCUCAAGCUCGGCUCAACUAGCAGACACAUUUGACAAAUGAAAAAAAAAAAAAAUAAUAAUACACUUGU